UUAAGGAAAGGAGAAAACGGGAGCUCAGAAUGUGACUGAAGUGAGGGAGGAGGGAGAGAUAUAUAGACAGACAGAGGGAUUGCAAGCAGUUUGGAUCCUUGUUGACAUAUAUCAGAACCUAGCAAGAUAACUAACACGGCCCCACAAGAAUGCUCAUCAAAGAGUUUCGAGUGAUCCUGCCCAUUUCGGUGGAGGAGUACCAAGUGGGGCAGCUGUACUCUGUGGCGGAAGCCAGUAAGAAUGAGACCGGGGGUGGUGAGGGGGUGGAGGUCCUGAAAAACGAGCCCUAUGAGAAGGAUGGGGAGAGGGGCCAGUAUACGCACAAGAUCUACCACCUGCAGAGCAAAGUUCCAUCCUUCGUGCGCAUGCUGGCGCCGGCGUCUGCUCUCAACAUCCACGAGAAGGCCUGGAACGCCUACCCGUACUGUCGUACAGUCAUCACUAACGAGUACAUGAAGGACAACUUCCUGAUCAAGAUAGAGACGUGGCACAAACCUGACCUCGGCCAUCAGGAGAAUGUGCACGGCCUGGACCCAGAGACCUGGAAGAAGGUGGAUGUGGUCUAUAUUGACAUUGGCGACAGAAACCAGGUGGAAACGAAGGACUACAAGCCAGAGGAGGACCCUGCGAAGUUUAAGUCUGUAAAGACAGGCCGUGGGCCCCUGGGACCUCAAUGGAAGAAAGAGCUUCCCCAGAAGACAGACUGCCCACACAUGUGUGCCUAUAAGCUGGUCACUGUCAAGUUUAAGUGGUGGGGCCUACAGAACAAAGUGGAGAACUUCAUCCAGAAGCAAGAGAAGCGCUUGUUCACCAAUUUCCACCGACAACUUUUCUGUUGGAUCGACAAGUGGAUCGAACUGACGAUGGAGGACAUUCGGCGCAUGGAGGAGGAGACUAGGAAGGAACUGGAUGAGAUGAGGGUGAAGGACCCGGUUAAAGGGAUGGUGGCUUUAGAAGACUGAGGCUGUCCAGCCGUGACUACCUGUAACCCGAACACCAGCGGCAUCGCCUCUACCAGUUUUAUUGGCACACCAUCUCUCUGAACUUACCCUCUCUCCCCCCCCCCUUUCUCUCUUGUGUGGUACAGUCCUGCGUGAGCUGCCUGUGUCUUCUCCCCUCCUCUCAGCUCAUGGGUGAGGCCGGAGGGAGGGGGGGACUCUCAGCAUGGGAAGAGCAAGUGCAAAAUAACCACACACUAAAUAUACCCAUCCAAAAGAAUACCACCAGUAAUAACUCUAUAGGUCAUUCAAGAUGUCAGUUGUUAAAAAAUAAGAUGGUGGAGAUGAAAAUUAGUUUGUUUUUACUUAAAGAAAUAUAAAUAUGUAUAUGUAUGUUGAGAGACAAAUUGAGAGAUUUAUAUCAGGGUUUUUAAUUAUUUUACCUGUAUGUUCCUCUGUGUGUUUUGGACCAAGCUGAAUCUUACCAGUGUUUAGUUUUGAUUGAUCAUGUUGUGAUUUUGUUUAUUUUGUUGUUAUUUUAAUUUUCUGCUGAUGAUAUUAAUAGCCCCUGAGGCCCUUUCACCCCCCCCCCCAAAAGUUAUACUUGCAAAUUUGAGUUUGUAUUUUAUUUUGUUAUUCUUUUUCUAUCUGAGAUUUAAAAACACCCAUGUUUACCAGAGUGCCCCUCCAUCUACCUCUCCCUCUCUGCCCCCCCAGCCCCCUGAAUCUGCCCCCUUGGGGUAAAUCGGCAGGGGGCAGGUCUGAAUUUGUGUCCCAGUGACCCUGGCUAGAUGGUGCUGGGCAGAGGGUGCGGUUGAGGAUUUGGCUCUGGGCAGGUAGAGGUUCUGUUCUCUGCCUUGUGCUCUGUGGAGGAGCUUAGAAAGGCGCUACAUCCUUGCAUUUACUGUAUUUUUAACAGGGUACUGUUUGCAGUAUUGUGAAAUAUUUCUCU